AUGCCCAAAGAAUCUCUCCGCUCAACUUACAUCUCCAAUCAGCCCAACGGCUGGACCUUCUCUGAUAUCCCCACACGCUUCCCCAAUUCAUCUGCCAAUGUUGUCCACUCAAAUUCAUCUUCACACAUUUCUGAAGCCAGCACCACUGUAAAACAGCUUAUAGCUGCCAGUCUCCUUCAAUUCGGUGCUACUUCUCUUAGUAUGCCCUUUGAAGUGGGUAAGGUCCUCUUGCAGGUUCAGUACAACCCAAGGCUCAAAAUCGGUCCUUAUUAUAGCAGCGAUCUUAAUGCCGAUCAAAACGACGACGACGAUGACCUCGAUGACCUCGAUGACCCCAGUGACCCCGAUGACCUCAACUCCCACUCAAACUACUUCCGUUUCGAAGAAGACGCCCCAAAAGCUCCUUUGAAACCUAAAAAACACAUCCCAAAAGACAAAGAUGGUUAUCUUGCUCAGCGCCCCUCCUAUCUUGUCCCCCUACAAGCAGAUGGCGGCGUCUGGCGUAUGAUGCGCGCUGUGUCCAAAUCUCACGAAGGUCUUUCUGGGCUUUGGAAGGGCACUCUGACGUCAUCCAUAUUCGACAUAUCCUUCUCUACCCUCCAGCCACUCUUUCUCUCCGCCCUCUCCACCAUAUUCCUUCCCUCAAACACACUCUCCUUCCUCCCCAUCCACCAGCUACCCAGCCCCCUCAAGCCACUCGGAGUGCAUGUCCUGGCCCACACUCUCACUGCCGUCACCCUCUCUCCGCUCGAUUUGGUGCGAACGAGGAUGAUUGUCCAAUCCACGUCCUCCACCUCCGCCGGCACAUGCCGACGUGCUUACAGCGGACCCAUCGACGCACUGCGCAAGAUUGCAAACCGCGAGGGUGGCUGGCAGGUAAUGUGGACGCACCCCAACCUGCUCCUGCCCACUAUCGUAGAGUCGUCCUUCAAGUCACUCCUCCAACUGUGCGCUCCGCUCGUAGUGGAGAGGCUGCUCGGCGUGAGUGUGGAUAGUCGACCCGCCACGUAUGCCGUCUGCGAGCUGCUGUGGAGCGUCGCUACUAUGACGCUUACCCUCCCCCUCGAGACUGUCAGGCGGCGUCUGCAGACGCAGGAUAGGAGCCUCGUUAGGGCACAACAGCCUGGGCAACUCACGCCUUGCAUCGAUACCCGUCCCAGCCCCGCUGCAGGUAUGGUGGAGUGCGUUUAUCGCAUUGUCACUGAGGAGUGCAGCGAUAGUAGUGGCAGCAGAUGGAGCGGCUUUAAGAGUCUCUUUAGAGGCUUCGGCUUGGGAUUGAGCGCUAGCUCCAUGGUGUUCGUCUUGGGUAUGUUUGGCGGUGUCGAUGUGGGUGAAGGCUGGACGGAGAUCUGA